ACUCGUGAGCGGUGAGACUGUGAGAGCGUGAGUUACUCGCGGUUCUCUUGAUCGAGUGAGAUAACACGACAUGGAGUCGCCGUCGACAGAUGAGCAUAGAGCCACGAUAAUCGACGGCAAGGCCAUCGCUCAGGUCAUCAGAUCUGAAAUCGCCGAUGAAAUACGUCAACUCUCACAGAAAUACGGCAAGGUCCCAGGACUUGCCGUAGUUAUUGUAGGCAAUAGGAAGGAUUCUCAAAGCUAUGUUCGUAUGAAAAGAAAUGCAUGUGCUGAGGUUGGGAUCAAGUCCUUUGAUGAAGACCUCCCUGAACAAGUAUCUGAAGCGGAACUGCUCAACAAGAUUCAUGAGCUUAAUGCAAAUCCUGAUGUUCAUGGUAUACUGGUCCAGCUCCCCUUACCAGCUCACAUAAAUGAAGAGAAAAUUUUGAGUGAAAUCAGUCUUGAGAAAGAUGUAGAUGGAUUUCAUCCUCUCAACAUCGGCAAGCUUUCUAUGAAAGGCAGAGAACCCCUCUUUGUUCCUUGCACCCCCAAGGGAUGUCUUGAACUUCUAUCACGAAGUGGUAUAAGUAUAAAGGGAAAAAAGGCAGUUGUGGUUGGUAGGAGUAACAUAGUUGGAUUGCCAGUUGCAAUGCUUCUUCUGCAUGCAAAUGCCACUGUCACUAUAGUCCAUUCAUGUUCUCAGGAUCCAGAACAAACCAUUCGUGAAGCUGACAUUGUUAUUGCAGCUGCUGGACAAGCAAUGAUGAUCAAGGGCAGUUGGAUCAAGCCUGGUGCGGCAGUUAUUGAUGUUGGUACAAAUGCUGUUGAUGACAAAAGUAAGAAGUCCGGGUAUAGGCUUGUGGGAGAUGUUGAUUUUGACGAAGUGUGCAAGGUAGCUGGUUGGAUUACUCCUGUUCCUGGUGGAGUGGGCCCUAUGACUGUUGCAAUGCUUCUUAGGAAUACCUUGGAUGGUGCAAAGGGAGCGAUUGAGCAGUAAAUCAGCUUCACUUAUCACUAUCUUCAUUCCUGUCGUACUAGAGUAUUACUAGCUUGGUAGGUGUUCCCGUUUUUGUAAGAACCAUUCUCAUAUGUUUUUGUAGGAAACAUGUUACAUUGUCUGUUGAACAGACGUUCUUGACAUAUAGUGUUUCCUUUUCUUGAGCAAAUAAAUUUGCAAAUUGUCUGAAGUUUAUGAAGUUAUUGUGAUGGCAAGGUUCUGCGAGCG